AGAAAAAGAAGCCUGACCCCGUUCCUAACUCAUAGUUCAUCCUUGCAUAGAAUCUUCACAUCAUGGGAAAAAGCCGUCGCCAGUCGGCGCUCACCAAGUCUAUCCAGGCUGGGCUGCUACGUGACCCAGACCGUUUCAAGAAGACGGGCUGGGGGCAUUUGAUUGCAUUCUUCACACUUUAUCGAAUCAAGCUCAUACGUUUCGAAGACGACCUCUUUGCUAGGCUUCGGCAGGAAAUUUGGAAGUUCAACGAAAAUGAAUACCAGGCCAGCUUUCGCACAACGAGUGGCCAGCCACCGCUGAAAUCAAUGGGUGAUCUGGGGUAUUCGGGCUCGACAUUUUUCGGUACGUUGGAUGGCCACUAUGUCAUCAAAAGCCUUCCACGCCACUUCGAAUACACUUUCUUCCAAAGCGAUCUGCUCCAACCAUACUAUGACUAUAUGCGCGAACACCCAGACUCUGUCCUUGUUUGGAUAACCGACUACCUCAUUUCCCCUUAUGUAACCCUCGGCACGAUAUUCGGCUGCACCCCUGCGCAUCAUAUCAUCAUGGAGAACAUCCUCUGCGGCCAAUUUGACGAUCCUGCUGGCGAGCGCUGGGAAACUUACGACCUCAAACCAAUCGACUACUUCUAUCCCGAGCGCGACUUACUCCCCGCUCCACUUGUUAGCGAAGCGACAUUAAGCAAACUAGCGGAUACUUUCAAUGACAAGUUACAUCUGUGGAGGAAGGACUAUCAAGAAUUCAUACAGGCUAUAAAGGAGGAUACAAAGUUUCUGGAAGAUGCAAAUGCCGUUGACUACUCCCUCUUCCUAGUGCGAAUCCCGGCUAGCUCAAGCCCAGAGGUACUCGGAAGAAAAAGUCCCUGGCGAGCGGGCCUGCCCUCGGCGGACGGCAAGUGGAAAUACCGGGCGGUGAUACUCGAUUUCUUCUGGGCUCGACAUAAACUCCGUGCGCAGGCCUUGUCCGGAGUGGUGCAGACGUUCAAUGUGGUGGGUCGGAAGGGGCACAUGUCUAUUACGACCACAGCACCAGAUUAUCGCCAGAAGUUUUUGGCGAUGGUACAAGAGAUGAUUCAAGUCCAUGAAUAGUAUGAAUCCAUUGCGUGUGCAUUAGUAGUAUUAGAUAUCAAGUGAAUGCGAUUGAUGUCUUCAUGUCCCCCCC